CCAUUAACAGGCUCCAAGAAAACAAAACAUUUUUAGCAGAAGAGCUAAAGAGAGAAACAAGAAACAGAGCUCAAGGAGCUCCUCUGUUUCUUCUGUUUUCGAAACCCUGUUCUUUUAUUCUGUUUCCAUGUACAUAAAUUCACUCUGUACUAUGAUCUUAGUAGCAUCUUUGUCUUCUCUCUUUGGAGAAACUUCUGCUGCUACUAUAGCUUUGGUACAAAUCCAAUUCUCUUUUGAGUAGACGUCGAGAAUCUUCGAACUUUAUAGCCACAAUCGCCUUACAGUUACAGUUGUUUCUCAGUCUUUGUGUUCAGAUGGAUUCUUUUGAAAUCAAAAACAUUAAACUUGGGAAAGCAAAUGGGGUUGCGAAGAAGCCCCAGUUUCGAAAGAUAGCGAGCUUGUUCAGGGUGAUCGAGAUAUGUGUUCUUUUGGUGGUGGUGGCAAGGAUUUUCGCUCACCUCCCGCUUGCUGUUAAGGACUUAACGGAUGUCCUUGUUAGCACUCGCUUUGUUUUCAUAAUUGGCAACUUAAUAGUGGUCAUUCUUUUUGCAAAGUCAGGACAGUUUUCAGCUCAAAAUUCUACCAGAAAGAAUCCCAGAAAGGAUUACUUUGAAGAGUUUUUGGAGAAGGGUGAAAAGAUUCAGAACACUCACCGGUAUGAGGUGAAGUACAGAGAAAAACAGAGCAUUUGUGCAGAGAAUGUAGUUAGUGAAGGCACACAUACUUCUUUCAAAAGCAAUAGUUACAGAAGAAGCCAAUCAGAAAAGUUUAAGCGUGUUAAUAGUGAUAAAUCCUGCCGGGAACUGAGGCGAACAGUCACAGAGAAGUGCAGGAAAAGUACUAAUUCUGGGGACAAAUCGGCCAAAAAUUCAUACCCAGAAGAUAAUAUGAGCAAUGAAGAGUUUCGGCGCACGAUCGAAGCUUUCAUUGCAAGGCAGCAGAGGUUUCGCAUGGAAGAAGAGUACUCUGUGAUUACAUAUAAAUAAGCAUAAACAAAUCUUUUUUCCUUUUUCUUUUUUUUUGGGGGGUGGGGGGGAUGGAUCUUUUCUGGUUCUUCUUUUCCUGCUACAUAGAACUAUGUUUGUCUGUACAUGGCUAUGUCAUAUAUGUAAUGGAAAAUUUCUAGUUAAACAAA